AUGUCGAAUAUAGAUCAUUCUAUCACAAUUGGUGAACCGUUGAAAAUAUCCGAUAGUUUCAGUCGCAAAGACUGCAUAAAUCGUCAGUUACAUGUAUAUGAACACUUUGAUUGGGAUUUAUUAACAAAUAUGAAGAAUGUAAAAGCCAAAGCAUUAUUUGAAAAUAAUUUAUUUGUUAUAACUGAAUUAAAAGGAAUUACCAGAAUUUCUUCACGUGAUUCACCAUGGUUUAACAAUGAUCUAAAGCAUCUACUUAAAAUACGCGAUAAGAAGUAUCAGAAAGCAAAGAAAAACGAUAAAUACAGAAAACAGUAUGAAGAGUUUGCUUGGGAAUUCGAGAAACUCUGUGAUACAGCUAAAAAACAAUAUUAUGAGAAACAAUCAACUGAAUUGAAUACAUCAUCUAAAAAGUGGUGGACAUUUUUAAAGCAUGCAGUAAAUAAAGAGAGCCCUCUGACUAUUCCUCCUCUGUUUGAUGUAGCAAUGAAUAAUUUGGUAACUACUCCAUUUGAAAAAUCUCAGGUCUUAAAUAAGUACUUUGCUCACAUAUGUACGUUACCCCCGACUACUUGUUCUUUCCCACAACCUACAUCUAGUACGAUUGUUAUGUCGGAAUUUAUGAUUUAUGAAACUGAAGUGUUUGAAUCGUUGCUAAAAAUAAAUGUCUCCAAGGCUUGUGCGCCGGGUAUUAGUGGGAGAAUGCUUCGUGAGACAGCACCGAUUAUUACGUCAUCCUUGACUCACAUUUUUAAUGAUUCGUUGAAAAAAGGUGAAUUUCCCGAUGCUUGGAAACUAGGUUAUGUUUGUCCUAUUUAUAAAUCGGAUGAUAGACAACUACCUAAUAAUUAUAGACCUAUUACUCUCCUAAACUAUUUCAGUAAAGCGUUUGAUGGAGUACCACAUGAUGGUUUAUUACUGAAACUGGAAAGUACUGGGUUAUCUAAACAAUUAUUAUUGUGGAUGGAAAGCUAUCUUAGCAAUAGAAAAAUUGUAACAGUUGUAGAAGGCUCGACAUCAGAUGAGUUACUGAUAUCCUGUGGUGUGCCACAAGGAUCGGUUCUGGGUCCUUCGCUUUUUCUGAUAUAUAUUAAUGAUCUACCAAAUGGUCUGGAUAGUACAACUCUGCUCUAUGCAGAUGAUGUAUCACUGCAUCAGGAAGUUUCAGAUAUUCAAAGAGACUUUAUGAUUAUGAAUGAGGAUUUAGCUAAAGUUGAAGGUUGGUCUAAUAAGUGGAAGCUUGACUUUAACAAUAAAAAAUGUGUAUCAAUGUUCUUCACGCGUUCUAAUACAGUAACUACAUUGCCCACUUUGAAGAUUAAGUAUCAAUUGAUAGAAAAUGUUACUGAGCAUAAACAUUUAGGUU